AUGUCUAAUUGGAGUUCUGAUGAAGAAGUUGAUGAAAUGGUAGAGGAGGAAGUUGAUAGUAUAGUGGAGGAGAUUCAAUACAACUAUACUCAAGAGGAAGUACCACCAGCUCCAAUAUUCCAUAGAGUGCACAUUAAUAGAGACCGCGAAGGAGGCCACAUUCGCUUAUGGAAUGAUUAUUUCAGUAAGAAUCCGACUUACACUAACGCUACGUUCCGCCGUCGCUUUCGAAUGAACAAACCAUUGUUCAUUCGUAUUGUUAAUACUAUUGAGAAUGGAGUCCCAUACUUUAGACAAAGACGAGAUGCUACUGGAAGGCUCGGUCUUUUUGCACUUCAGAAAUGCACGGCAGGUAUCCGUAUGAUGGCAUACGGAUGUUCGGCAGAUGCGAUGGAUGAAUAUUUACGACUGGCUGAAUCAACCGCCCACAAAUGCCUUGAAAAAUUUGUAGAUGGAGUUAUAAUCUUUUUGGAGACGAGUAUCUGA